AUGAGCGGCUUGGGCAUCGUUCUCGAAGAAGCUGAGAACAGGCCCGCCGAGGCGUUCGGCGAACCGCUCCUACCUCCCCUUCCGAAAGGUGAACCCUUCCUCCGCCUGAUUCUGACGUCUUUCGUCUCCCUCAACGACCUGCCCGCCUCCUCCUCCCACAACCACUCGCAUCUGGCGCUGACCGACGACGGCCUAGGCGAUUUCCUCCUGAACGGCCUGUACGCCUCCUAUGAGCUCGAUCUGCCCAGUCUCCGAAUCGACGCCAUGCCGCUACAGUUCCCAGGCGAACAGCUGCUGCCCAGCCAGGUGCCCCCUCUGCCGGCAACGCUGGGCCUGCUGCCGUUGCGCAGACUCAAGUCGUUGAAGAAAGGCAUCAGAAAGCUCUCGCUCCUGAAAAUCACCAACUCCUCCGACGACAAGAAACCCUUGUUUCUGCCGCUCCAGAGCAGCGAGGUCUCGCUGGUGUCGCUGAACCAGUUGCACUCUGCCCUGAGCGUGGAGUCGUCUCAGAGCCAGCCUUUCCAGGCCCAGCCCAUCCAGGUGCAAGCUACGGCGCCAAUGGGCCAACACAGCCAUAGUAACAGCCAGAGCAACAGCCUCCAGAGCCACGGCCCCAGCGUCAGCAGUGCCGCCACCAGCGGGCCUGCCAGUGUUUCUGACGAGCUUCCUACAAGACGCAGAACGCUUCUGAACCCAAUGGGCUCUGUGGCUUCUACACCGCCAGUUCCUUCUCCGGUGAUCAUGCUCCUGGAGAACCUCACGCUAUCGAAGAAGAACCUCAGCGAUACCGAGCAGAGCUUUUUCGAUAACUUGCAGAGCGACGCCCAUCUGGCUUCUCUGCGUGAGGAACGCAUCGACAGCAUCGACAAGCUCACCACGUCGGACGAGUUGAUCGAAUACCUGCUCUUCCUCCACGAGCACAAGAAACUGAUUGAAUCUGCAUACGCCGUGACAAAAGAUCGGCUCUCCCACCUGGGCUGGUGUCUGUCCAGCGAUCUCGAGAACUUGUCUCUCCAGAGAGAUCUGUCCUUGAGUCAGAUCGACACCAAGCUCCUCAAAAUCGAGGAGAGACUCAAUCUGCGGUUCAACUUGUCGAUGCUCAACAACGCCAGCGUCCAGCCCAAGGUGAUGCUGGUGAGAGCCUCCAAAACCCCGUCCAUGAGCCCCAGCCUCAAGAUGCUUGAAUCCAGGUGCUUGUCGUUUGCCAUGGAGACGGGGGAGGCAUAG